GCCCAUAGUUAGGACUGAUUAAAUCAAUUUUUCCUUUGGAAUUUCAUAAUAAAAUAUAAAAAAACUCAAAAAAAUAUGAUGAAAAAUCUGAAAAAAAAGGGACAAAAAAAAUAAGAAAUGCUUCACAAAUUUCCUAAAAAAGGAAAAACUCAUAGUUCAUCAUAGUUGUUUUAGUCUACUUUUCCAUUCUCCAACAUUUCUCUCUCGGCCGAGCUUCUGCCGGCAAUGCUGUUGAACUUUCCGUCGGCGGUCUCUUCACCGCCGCGUACAUCGCACUAUACAUCGCCGGCGGCAAGUCUCCGGUAUCGAAUUCCAUGCUUCCGCAACAAAUUGUCGACAUCAAACUCCGAAUUCCACGGAAAUCAGCGCAUUCUCAAUCACAAUAAUCUCGUGAAUUUCUCCGCAAUUUCGAAGAAGACGAGUUCGUUCAAACCUUUGAUCACUGUGAGAUCGUCGUUGUCAUCGCCGAUCAUAUCUCCUAAUGAUUCAUGGGGAAUGUGGACUGCUCUUUUUUCCUUCGCUGCGUUUGGUUUCUGGUCAGAGAAGACGAAGAUAGGGAGCGCACUGAGUGGUCCAUUAGUUGCUACACUAGUAGGGCUUGCUGCAAGUAACUUGGGGCUUAUUGCUUCUAAAGCAAAAGCAUAUUCUGUUGUCAACGAGUUUCUGCUCCCUUUGGCUGUUCCCUUGCUGUUAUUUAGAGCAGAUAUACGCCACGUUAUACAAUCCACUGGCAAAUUGCUUUUGGCGUUCUUGAUUGGAUCAGUUGCAACCACUGUUGGAACUGCAGUGGCUUUCUUUUUGGUGCCAAUGCGAUCUCUUGGUGGAGAUGCAUGGAAGAUAGCUGCAGCUCUCAUGGGUAGACAUAUUGGUGGAGCUGUCAACUACGUUGCCAUCGCGGAAGCUCUUGAGAUCUCUCCUUCUGUGCUAACAGCUGGACUUGCUGCUGAUAAUGUCCUAUGUGCUGUAUAUUUUACCACACUGUUUGCAUUAGCUGCUAGAAUACCUCCAGAAGCUGAAGCAUCAACUGGCGAUGAUAUGAUGGACAUGAGAUCUGGUGCUGGUGACAAACUCCCUGUUUUACAUUCUGCAAUUGCUGUAGCGGUGUCAUUCCUAAUAUGCAAAGCUGGGAGUUCUCUUACUAACUAUUACCAAAUUCAGGGUGGUUUGCUUCCUGCAAUAACAAUAAUUGUGGUCCUCUUGGCAACUGUGUUCCCUGGACAAUUUAGUCAGCUAGCGCCUUCUGGAGAAGUUAUGGCUAUGAUUCUGAUGCAGCUUUUCUUCGCUGUGGUGGGAGCAAGUGGGAACAUUUGGAGUGUCAUUAGCAAUGCGCCUAGUAUAUUCUUAUUUUGCCUCAUCCAAAUAUCUGUCCAUCUUGCUCUGAUUCUUGGAUUGGGCAAACUGUUUGGCUUUGACUUGAAGCUGUUGCUAAUAGCCUCGAAUGCCAAUGUUGGGGGUCCCACGACUGCCUGUGGAAUGGCAACUUCAAAAGGGUGGCAUUCUGUGGUAGUUCCUGGUAUUCUUGCUGGAAUUUUUGGUAUCGCCAUUGCAACUUUCUUAGGUUAUGGAUUUGGUACUAUGGUUCUCCAAAAGAUGUGACAAGCUCUUCAGAUCCUUGGUAAUACAAAAGUUGUCGUAACAUCGACUCAUGUAAGAAGUGGGGAGGAGUCAUCGCAAGGGCUUGUGUUGUAACCUGAUGCUCGUUUUUUCAUCAAUCUCCUCUUGGGAAGCAUAACAUUCUGCUGGUCUCAUUUCAAUGCUCAUACUGACAGUGAUUUAUGUAUGCAUCUGUUGGUUAGUCACCCUGAAAAGAUUACCUUGGCCUUUGACGUUUCUAAACGAAGCUUGGAUUAAUAUGUGCUAGUUCUAGACAAUAGCAAUAUUUUUCAUUUCUAGAUUUGUUAUGAACGUAUAAUAUGGUUUACGAAUUACAAUGCUCUUCUUGAGAUAUUUCAAAUUCAUAUA